AUGACAGUUGCUACUGGAGACCCCACAGAUGAAGCGGCAGCUUUGGCAGGUCAUCCUCAGGACACCUAUAACCCUGAAACCGAUCAUGAAUGCUGUGAGAGGGUGGUCAUUAACAUCUCGGGGCUGCGGUUUGAAACGCAACUCAAGACGCUAGCUCAGUUUCCAGAGACCUUGCUAGGAGACCCUAAAAAGAGAAUGAGAUAUUUCGAUCCUCUCCGGAAUGAAUAUUUCUUUGACCGAAACAGACCCAGCUUUGAUGCUAUUUUGUACUACUACCAAUCGGGUGGCAGGUUAAGGAGGCCUGUCAACGUGCCCUUAGACAUCUUCUCGGAGGAGAUCAGGUUUUAUGAACUCGGGGAAGAAGCCAUGGAGAUGUUCCGAGAGGAUGAAGGAUACAUUAAGGAAGAAGAAAGGCCUUUACCGGAGAACGAGUUUCAGAGACAAGUGUGGCUGCUCUUUGAGUAUCCAGAAAGCUCAGGGCCCGCCAGGAUUAUAGCUAUUGUCUCUGUCAUGGUGAUUCUAAUCUCCAUCGUGAGCUUUUGCCUGGAAACGUUGCCUGUUUUUCGGGAUGACGAAGACCUGCAUGGCGGCGGGAUGAGCCAUCACCCCUACUCCAACAGUACCAUGAGCUAUCAGCAGUCGACCUCUUUCACAGACCCUUUCUUUAUAGUAGAGACACUUUGCAUCAUUUGGUUCUCCUUCGAGUUCUUGGUAAGGUUUUUCGCCUGCCCCAGCAAGGCUGGGUUUUUUACCAACAUCAUGAACAUUAUUGACAUUGUAGCUAUCAUCCCGUACUUCAUCACUCUAGGGACCGAACUGGCUGAGAAACCAGAGGAUGGCCAGCAAGGCCAACAGGCCAUGUCUCUGGCCAUCCUUCGAGUCAUCCGCUUGGUGAGAGUUUUUAGGAUCUUCAAACUGUCCAGGCACUCCAAAGGGCUGCAGAUCCUGGGGCAGACCCUCAAGGCCAGCAUGAGGGAACUAGGUCUCUUGAUAUUUUUCCUCUUCAUUGGCGUCAUCCUCUUCUCCAGCGCCGUCUACUUCGCAGAGGCUGAUGAGAGCGAGUCUCAGUUUCCCAGCAUCCCAGAUGCGUUCUGGUGGGCUGUGGUUUCCAUGACCACAGUUGGCUAUGGAGACAUGGUCCCCACGACCAUCGGUGGGAAAAUAGUGGGCUCCUUAUGCGCCAUUGCAGGUGUAUUAACGAUUGCCUUACCAGUGCCAGUCAUAGUGUCCAACUUCAACUACUUCUAUCACCGCGAGACGGAAGGAGAGGAGCAAGCCCAAUAUUUGCAAGUGACCAGCUGCCCAAAGAUCCCUUCUUCCCCUGACCUAAAGAAAAGCAGAAGUGCCUCCACUAUUAGUAAGUCUGAUUAUAUGGAGAUACAGGAAGGUGUAAAUAAUAGUAAUGAGGACUUUAGAGAGGAGAACUUGAAGACAGCCAAUUGCACCCUGGCUAACACAAAUUACGUUAAUAUCACCAAAAUGCUAACUGAUGUGUAG